AUGCGAUCAACGGUCGGGAUCGGUUUAGUUCUCGACAUGAAUUCGACUUUCGGCACGAUGGUGAACAUGUGCAUGGAUAUGGCAGUUUCUGAUUUUUACAAAGCACAUCCAAAUCACAUAACGAGAUUGCAACUGCACAAGAAAGAUGCUAAAAGCGUGCUCGAUGUUAAUGUUGCCGUUCUAGAGUUAGUGAAAAAUGAAGAAGUGUGUGGUAUAUUCGCGCCUCACGGAUCAAAGCAAGAAGCAUUCGCAGCCGCAAUCGGUGAGACCGUUCGCUUGCCGAUUAUUUCUUUCACCGCAAGAAGCUCAUCCGUAUCGUACGAAGAAAACCGCUACAUUGUUAGGACAGCAUCGGACGAUGCAGUUCAAUCGCAUGCUCUUGCAUCCAUUUGUCAAAAAUUUGAAUGGCCCGAAGUUGUGAUCUUAUACGAAGACGACACUGAAUACGGUAAUAAUUUCGUUUCUCGUACGAUCAACGUUCUCCAUGAUGCUGGCAUUGAAGUGCCGUGCAAGACUUCAAUCGCCACGUCAGCCAGCGAUAGUCAUAUCUUGAAAGAACUCAAAAUGUUGAAGAAGAAAAAAACGAGGGUGUUUUUGGUGCACGCGGGCCCCGGGCUCGGUUCGCGUUUGUUUGCUAUUGCCAGUAAUGCAGGGAUGAUGAAGGAAGGGUACGCGUGGGUCGUAACCGAUAGCUUAUCCAUCUUUCUUGAUUCUGUCGAUUUUAGUGCUCGUGAUUCGAUGGAUGGAGUUCUUGGCAUAAGGCCUUAUCUAUUUGCCUCGAAAAAGCUCAAAAGUUUCCAAGAAAGGUGGAAAAGGAAUAUGCUCUUGAACAAUAAUACUUCGGGUUCGAUUACCGAGGUGAAUAUUAAUGGUUUAUGGGUGUACGACGCAGUAACCGCAUUAGCAAUUGCAAUAGAAAAUAUUCGACGAGUAAAUUCGAGCUUAUUAGACCUAAACGGGGAUAAAAACAGAACGGAUAACAGAGGCUUAAGAAUCUCAGUUCUAGGUCCAAUGCUUCUGAGGGAGCUGUCGAACACAAAAUUCAGAGGCUUGGCCGGAGAUUUCGAACUCGUCGACGGCAAAUUAAAGGUUUCGGCGUUUGAAAUAUUCAAUAUUAUCGGAAAUGGGGAGAGGAAACUCGGAUUUUGGACUAUAGAAAGAGGAAUAAUUAGAGAGUUGAAUUCGUCGUUCGUCGAACCAACAAAUUCAAUUUCGACAAACGAACUCAAAAACGUGUUAUGGCCCGGAAAUUCCGUAGUGCGGCCAAAGGGUCGGGCGAUCCUUGAAACUGAAGACCUCAGAAUCGGAAUUCCAUGGAAACCGGGAUUCAUAGAAUUUGUUAACGUUCAUCAUCAUGUAGAUAUCUUCUUAGCUGCAUUAAAGGUUCUGCCACUACCGAUAAAUUACGAGUUUCGUAUCUACAAUGACAGCAAAAGUAGUAACUGGAGUUACGAUUCCAUGCUUCACAAGAUACCCGAGGAAUACGAUAUGGUAGUGGCGGAUACAACAAUAUGGGCCCCACGAGCAGAGUACGUCGAUUUUUCGCUACCGUAUUCCGAAUCGGGAGCUGUUUUAGUGGUCAAAAACAAGAAACCGUUAAACAUGUGGAUUUUUAUCAAGCCCUUGAGAUGGGAUCUUUGGCUUGCAAUUGCUGUGGCCAGCAUUUUGCUUGGAUUAGUUCUUUGCAUAUUGGAACGCCGAGCAAUCGAGCCGAAUGGAAUGACUUAUUGGUUUCCGAUAGCAUUUCUCGUGUUCCCGGAAAGUAAAAUAUUCGUGCUCGCUUUUCCAAUUGGCUCUCCAUUAGUUGCGUAUUUCUCGAGGGUGAUCUUGAAUGUUACGCAAGGUUCGGAAAUGAGUUCUCUCGAACAAAAGAAUUUCGGACCGGGAUAUUCUUCACAAGAUCCACUAUCUUCGGUAAUCUCUCAAGGAACAUCGAGCCUUUCGUUGCGUGAAUUUGGAGGGCUCUUCAUUAUUACCGGGUCACUUAUUGCAUUUGCUUUAGUCUACUCCGAGAGCGAAGCGAUUGGCCAUUUUAUCCAAAAUUAUUUCUCGAGUUUUUGGACCCCACAUAUUCCUCCGGUAGAGUCUGUCAGACAGCUGCACGACCACCCCAGCCAGCCAAAGCUAGCCGAGAACGAUCCUCUACUCGAGUCAACUGGGCAGGGCCAGUGA